CUUUGUUUUCCUUUCAAUGGUUCCGAACGGCCAUCCUUCGCCUUGGAAUGUCAUCGUUUUAAAAAACUCGCCUUAUGACAGCCAUGUUUACCUAGUAGCGAGAUCUCGUUAUUUGGUCACGUGAUAAAGGGGCAUAACUCUAACUCGCGUUUCACGUGUUUACCUUCACAACAACCGGCAUUUGAUUUGAUUUCGGCCUGUAUCUUAACAAAUAAACACUGACAACUAUUUUUAUGAGUUUACCUAUUUAGUUUAGACAUUUAUCGAUGAUGCAGGCGUUUAAUCACGCAUACUUUCUCUCAACUUUAUGGUUCUUUGCUCGUCUGAAAAUAUACACCCUUAAACUGUCUCACGUGAAAGCAGAAUUUAUGACGUAAUGCACAAAUUUCACACAGUAAAUAAUUAUGGCUGCAGUGAAUGUUAAGAAGAUAUUCGAAGAGGUUAGACCACUAUAUAAUUUUGAAUUCGAUCUUAAAGACGAACAGAUAUCUGUGAUAGAGAGUAUUUUGGAAAAAAAGCAUACUGUGGGUGUUUUCCCUACCGGGUUUGGCAAAAGUGUAUGUUUUUUAUUGCCCCCUUUGAUUCUUGAUCAACAGAAGUCAGACGUUAGACAUGUUUGCAUUGUCAUAUCUCCCUUAAAGAGUCUUAUGAUAGAUCAGUGCAAGCAGAAUUUUGAUCAUGGAAUUCCUGCUGCCGUCAUGAAAGGCAUGGAUGAGAUGAGUCAUGAGGUUAUUGAAGGCAUAAAGACAGGUGAAUAUUCAAUUCUAUAUAUGUCACCAGAGACACUUCUAAAUUUCGAGUCAUGGGGAAACAUAAUACUCAAUUCCAGUUUGUAUCGUGACAGAGUUGCACUGAUUGCCAUAGAUGAGACACACAUUUUGGAGUCCUGGGGUGAUACUUUUCGUCCAACCUUUGCAAGACUCGGAGAACUUCGCUCCCAUUUUCCAAGAACUCCAUUCCUUAUGCUUACUGCAACCUGCACACAGCAGAUUCUGAAGCACAUCACAAGCGGAAUUCACCUACCUGGUCUAAAAAUGUUCACUGCAUCUCCUGACAGACCUAACAUUUACCUGGAAUACAAGAGGUCAAAAGAUAUUUUUGAAGAACUUGGGUGGCUGUUUAAUGAUAUUAAAGAAAAUGGUAUCAAAACCAGGAAGACUUUAGUAUAUGUUAGGAGCUUGAGUCAAGGUGGCCGCCUUUACCGGGAUAUAUUGGGCCAUUUAAAAGAAGGUGCCUAUUUUGAACAAAAAAAGGUUCAGCGCAACAGCCACAUUGCUUUGUAUCAUGCUGGAAUGGCUACCAAAGAUCUUGAGUACAUACUGCAUGAGAUUUCAAAGCCAGACAGUGUGAUACGACUUGCAGUCUGCACUAUCGCCUUUGGUAUGGGGAUCAACAUCCCAGACAUUGACCUUGUCAUUCACUGGGGUGCAUGUAGCUCUGUAAUGGACUAUUGGCAGGAGGUUGGUAGGGCAGGGCGAGAUGGACGCAAGGCAAAGGCCAUGUACUUUGUAACCCCUGGAUCAAUACUUCAUGCUUCAGAUGAAAUGAAGGAGUUAUGUAGUUCAUUGGACAAGUGCAGGACAAAGUGUUUUAGGGACUCUAUUCUCUCUUAUUUCAUUGGAUACUCCUCUAUAUCACAAUCUCUUUGUAAACUAAACUGUAUUGAAUGUGAGUGUUCUCAGUGCAGUUGUUGUUAUCUAUGUCAAGAAGCUUGUCCGUGCAGGAUGAAGGCCAAAAACAAGAAUUAGGAAACAUUAGGAAAGACAGAGCCAUCUGAUGAUGGCGAGCGUGGAAUAUAAUCUUGGAUGACAUUAACCUGGAGGAUCUCCUCAAUGGCUUUCCCUACACUCCCAACAAUUUUACUACAUCUUGAGACCUGUGUUUCUGUGUAUUGCCCAUGAGAGUUUUUCAGGU